GUAAAUGUCAGCGUCUGUCUCGUCAGUUUGAUUGUGAAUAUUGUGAUUGUUAUUACUAGGAUAUUUGUAAUCUGUAGACAAACAAAUUCGCGAUAUUUUGCUCUAACGUUUAAUUUGCUUUUCAAAACUAGUGUAUGACUAAUGUGACUAAGACGAGAGAAAUGAAUGUACUUGUUAUAGUAAUAACAAUUCUUCUAUCUUUGAUAUCUGUGUUGUUAGCAUUAUUACAACAUUAUUAUUUUAUGUUCACCAUAUACAAGAAGCCAACUUUAAGAUUUUAUUAUCCAGAAUUUGAAGACUUGAUUCCAACGGAUCAACAUAAAUACACGGCUUUAGAUUAUCCCAUACCGUCAGACGCUCAUAUCGAAGAUUCAGUAUUAAAUGAUCUGACAUCAGCUCUACAGUCAGAUUCAGAAGAUAUAAAAAUAAGUGAUCGAAGUAAAAGAAAAAUGGGCACCAAUUCAGAAGUUUAUAAUACGAUCCAGGCUGCCUUAGCUUUUAAGAUUUCUGGUAAAAAUAAUAAAGCUAUGAAGCUAUUUGAACAUGCCAGUGCAUUAGCUCCUGAUAAUGCUGAUGUUUUAAAUUGGUAUGGUGAGUUUUUGGAGCAACAUCAUGAUAUUUUAACUGCUGAUGAAUUGUAUUUUAAGGCUUUAGCUUACUCACCUGAUCAUAAAGCUGCCUUGUCAAACAGAAAACGCACAGCACCCGUAGUAGAUAGAUUGGAUUACAGGAUGUUUCAAGAAAUUGACAAAUUAAAAGAGGUUCUAAAAAGCAGAAUGAAAUUGGAUAAUUUUGAUAGUGUUAAAAAGCAGGCAUAUUAUUUACACAUAUACCACACAGUUGGUAUUGAAGGCAAUACAAUGACAGUAGAACAACUGAGAUACGUUUUAGAAACAGGCCAUGUAGUAAGUGGUAAGAGUCUUUUAGAGCACAAUGAAGUAUUAGGUCUUGAAAAAGCUAUGCAGUAUGUAAAAUUAUUAACAAGAACUGAGUAUAUUGGAGUUAGUGAGAUUUUAGGCAUACAUAGAAGAGUUAUGGGUCAUGUAGAUCCCCUCAAAUCUGGAGUAUUCAGAGAUGAAAAGGUAUUUAUUGGUAGUCAUAUUCCGCCCCCGCCUGAGGAAAUACCAGCCUUAAUGAACAAUUACGCAGAAUGGCUCAAUUCUGAAGAAGCUCAUAGUAUGCAUCCAGUAAGAUAUGCAGCAUUGGCUCAUUAUAAAUUAGUUGAUAUUCAUCCUUUUGUUGACGGAAAUGGACGCACAAGUAGACUAAUAAUGAACCUCAUUCUGCUUAAAUCGGGAUAUCCACCAGUCAUGAUUUUGAAAGAACAAAGAGAGAAGUAUUACGAUUCACUUAAAACCGCCAAUAUUGGGGAUGUAAAGCCAUUUGUUAGAUUUGUGGCGCAAUGUACUCUACAAAUAUUAAAUAUGUAUUUAUAUGGAACAAGAGGUUUAUCAAUAGAUCAAGCUCUUGAUGGACCAGGACACCCAGGAAAUGAAGUAGUUGGAUAUUAAGUAAUGAUGUUGGCAACAAUUAGCUAAACAACGGACCAAAGAAGCAUUUAGGGAAUCCAGUUAAUUAUAUUUAAAUUAAUGUAAAUAUAUUAAUGUUGUGUUAUUAA